UGAAACUGGACGAAUCGUGAGUACUUUCUCACCUUUCCCGUUCUACAAAACCCUACACAAGCCACGAGCUUGAGAUUCUGCUACGCUCUCGUUCUUCAUCAGAACCGAAACCUUUCGCCGCAAAAUGCCUCCCAAAUCUGCCAAAUCCAAGGAAGCUCCAGCUGAGCGAGCCAUCCUCGGUCGAUUCUCUUCCCACCUCAAAAUUGGCAUUGUGGGCUUGCCAAAUGUUGGAAAGUCUACUCUUUUUAAUACUCUUACCAAGUUGUCAAUACCUGCUGAGAACUUUCCCUUUUGCACCAUUGAGCCUAAUGAGGCGCGGGUUAAUGUCCCCGAUGAGCGAUAUGAGUGGCUUUGUCAAUUAUACAAGCCAAAAAGUGAGGUCUCAGCUUUCUUAGAAAUCCAUGACAUAGCUGGAUUGGUCCGAGGUGCCCAUCAGGGGCAAGGAUUGGGGAAUAGUUUUUUAUCUCACAUCCGUGCAGUAGAUGGCAUUUUCCAUGUUUUACGUGCCUUUGAGGAUUCUGACAUUAUCCAUGUAGAUGAUUCUAUUGACCCAGUUAGGGAUUUAGAGACCAUUACUGAAGAAUUGCGGCUGAAGGAUAUUGAAUUCAUGGAAAGAAAGAUCGAAGAUAUUGAGAAAAGCAUGAAGAGGAGCAAUGACAAGCAGUUAAAAAUUGAGCUCGAAUGUUGUCAAAAGGUGAAGGCAUCGCUUGAGGAGGGAAAAGAUGUACGUCUAGGGGAUUGGAAAACUGCUGAUAUUGAGAUUUUGAAUUCCUUUCAGUUGUUAACUGCAAAGCCUGUUGUAUACUUGGUUAAUAUGACUGAAAAAGAUUAUCAAAGAAAAAAGAACAAGUUUCUUCCCAAAAUUCAUGCAUGGGUACAGGAGCAUGGUGGUGAGCAAAUUAUUCCUUUCAGCUGCGCCUUGGAGAGGAAUCUUGCAGACAUGCCACCAGAUGAAGCGGCUAAGUAUUGUGAGGAGAACAAGGUUCAAAGUGCUCUUCCCAAAAUAAUAAAGACUGGAUUUUCCGCUAUUAAUCUUAUUUACUUUUUCACAGCAGGACCUGAUGAGGUUAAAUGUUGGCAAAUUAGACGCCAAACAAAGGCUCCUCAAGCUGCAGGGACUAUCCAUACUGAUUUUGAAAGAGGAUUUAUUUGUGCUGAGGUGAUGAAGUUUGAUGAUCUAAAGGAACUUGGUAGUGAGGCAGCUGUGAAGGCUGCUGGAAAGUAUAAACAGGAAGGGAAAACGUAUGUGGUCCAAGAUGGGGACAUUAUAUUCUUUAAAUUUAAUGUUUCUGGUGGGGGCAAGAAGUAAAACCAGAGAUUCACCUGAAAUAGCAUUGGCUGGUUUGCAUGGAGUGUGUGUUUCAUGAUAGGCAUGCCUACCAUGUUGCACAUUUUGUAAUAGCUUGAAAAUGUAAUUUUUUGACCUUUUUAAAAAUUAUUUACCUAUUUAGAUUUAAAUAUUUGUAGCGGAUUUUGACUUCUCAACCAUUUCCAUAAUUUCUGUUAUGUUACGCUACAUCUUAUAGCGCUUUUGAAUGUAGAGUACUAAUGAGUUGAUGCUUACUGAGUUAUUGUAUGCUGGAUCAAUUAAUUUAAUGUUACAUAGACGCCUUCACAAAAUUUUGAUGUUGGCUAGUAAUUUUGCUG